GGUUUCAAGCUGUUUAAGCAGUGGAAGGAGCGCUACCUGGUGCUGACAGUAGAGGGCAGUCUGAGGGUGUGUCGCGAUGCAGAGAGUCCUCCUGACCAGGUGGUGGCGCUGCAGUGGAACUGUGAGGCCAUCGUAGAGGGCAGGGAGAUCCUGGACCUGCCCCGGCUGCCCCAAGGGGGGAGGAGAGACUGCUGCUUCGCCCUCAUCCUGCCCCAGGAGAAGUUCCUGUUACUACUGGCUGACAGCCCAGAGGACUGCAGGUUGGUGGUAGUAGUAGUGGUAGUGGUAGUAGUAGUAGUAGUAGUAGUAGUAGUAGUAGUAGUAGUAGUAGUAGUAGUAGUAGUAGUAGUAGUAGUAGCAGUAGUAGUAGUAGUAGUAGUAGUAGUAGUAGUAGCAGUAGUAGUAGCAGUAGCAGUAGUAGUAGUAGUAGUAGUAGCAGUAGCAGUAGCAGUAGUAGUAGUAGUAGUGCCUCCUGUCGCUCAGUUGGUAGAGCAUGGCGCUUGCAACGCCAGGGUUGUGGGUUCGAUUCCCACGGAGGGCCAGUAUGGAAAAUGUAUGCACACACUAACUGUAAGUUGCUCUGGAUAAGCGCGUCUGCUAAAUGACUACAAUGUAGUAGUAAUUUUUGUUGUUGUAAUAGUAGUAUUUAGUAGGGGUCCAAACAGGGUUAAAACAAUUACAUCACAACAAAACACAGCAACAGCCUACAUCAUUAAUAAAACAAUACAUCAAGAAAUGAUGUCAUUAUUAUUAUUAUUAUUACACAUUUACAAUAUUAAAUGUGUGUUUGUAGAGUGCACAGUCCGGGUGUUGUUUUAUCUGUUUUUUAAAUCUGAUUUUACUGCUCGCUUGAGUUCCAUGAUGUGAGUUCCAUGAUGUGAGUUCCAUGAUGUGAGUUCCAUGAUGUGAGUUCCAUGUAGUAAUGGCUAGGACUGUUGCGGUCAUUACAGUGUGUCAGCCUGAUAAUGUCAUACAAAAGACUGUCGGUCUCACAGUAGGUGACCGAUAAUUAACAUAAACAUGUCCCAGCAUCCACUCUACGUUUUAGAAAGUCUAAUAAAUCAAUUGAAUAUACACCAUCACAAUAAAUCCAUUAUUUAUUUUAUUCAGGUCUAAAGAAACAUUAUGAUAUAAAGAAAACGUAUUUCAGAAGAACAGAAUAUGAGUUGGCCUACUGUCUGUUAUCUGGCUAUGCUCCAUGCCAUAGGCUGGAGGCUUGUUCAUUUAGCUGACAAGAUAUGCUUAUAAGUCCCCAUGCCCUUAUUUUAUAUUAUAUGAUUUUAUAGUAAGAAGAAUAUAAUUUAACUUAGCUAAAUAAAAUAGAAAGGAUAUUUUUCCAAUUACAGAGCGAGAGUGUGAUUAUGAAGACUAUGUUGAGCGUAAAAGUGAUCAUUUGAAAUGGCUCCUAUAUGCUAGAUUGAGUUAUUUGGCAACUUCAGGCUGCACACGCUGUUCUCUCAUCAAGUGAUCAUAUUUUCACCCAGCAGACUAUUCUCAAUUUAAUCUUGUCUUUACUAAUAUGUAAAAUUAGUUUUGAUUUAGAAUGGCCCAUUCAUCAAAUGGGCAGGAACAGGGGCAAGAAAAAAAAUGACGUGUCAACAACAAUAACGCACUGAAAUAGUGAAUGGAGGCCACUUUUCCCGCCCGUGCUGAGAUAUUCUGUAUAGCUGAAGGUAAUGUGUCAGCCUAUUAAUUAUUUUAAAAAAUAAAUAUUUUAAAAAUCCCCAUUACUAGGCUAUUCAAAAUCUAAUACAAAUUGUAGGAUAACUCUGAAUUUGUUUAAUAUGUUUAAUUUAGGCUAGACAAUCAUUAUUUUAAUUCAGGGUUUUUGGGGGGCUUGAGCUCAUAUAUAGGCCUAAACUCUAAUAUGCAUUGAUUUAUGAACGAAUCAAACCUUAGUGCUGUCAUCCAAACAACGACCAUGUUUUCUACUCAGUUUCACUCUGUUGUUGAACUUCUUACUUCAAAUUGAUCAUCAGUUACGUGAGUUUUAAAAGCACAUACUUGUUUUGAUGAUAUGUGUUUGAUGUGAUUUUCGAUUGUAUUUGCAUUGAUGUCAGAGUGGUUAGAGGGCCAAUAGAGCCCUGAGUACCAGGCCAUUAGGACCUGAUGGUUAGAGGGCCAAUAGAGCCCUGAGUACCAGGCCAUUAGGACCUGAUAAUCGUUAGUGAGUUGGGUACUACAACGCAUGUCCAGAUUGCAUAAGAGGAGAUUACCAUGACUCAAUGGUCACGUUGAAUUUUAUUGAGGUCAUGGCUCAUGACAGUCUGUCCGCAACAGCCCUAUUGUGAUGAGGUGGUGAUGAUGGAGUCAGGCGCAGGAGGGUAAAUCACAGAAUAACAGGCUUUAAUCUGCAAAAUACAGGUUUACGCAGAAAUGCAUCAAACACACUCCAGGGCACAAAACAGGCGCACUGGAAAAUACAAGGCACACAGGAAAAAUACUCCCGUCAAUACACAAUACACGAGCUCCACCGAGCUUCACUAACCUCCACAAAUAAACAAUCACCCACAGGGACAAGGGGGCAGAGGGAACACUUAUACACAGACUAAUUAGGGGAAUAGAACCAGGUGUGUGUGAUUGACAAGACAAGACAAUUGUGAUGAUGAUUGGGGCGGCAGUGGUUAGUACUCCGGUGACGACGAACGCCGAAGCCUGCCCAAACAAGGAGGGGACGCAGCCUCGGCGGAAGUCGUGACACCUAUAUAGUACUGCAUGUUUUCCCAGAGUCUGUUCUGGACAUAAGGAACUGUGAAAAGACCCCUGGUGGCAUGUCUUGUGGGGUAUGUAUGGGUGUCUGAGCUGUGUGUUAGCUGUUUGAACAGAAAGUUUGGUGCUUUCAACACGUCAAAACCUCUCAUCAAUCAAUCUCUACUUUGAUACCAUAAUCUCAUACUUUGAGCCAGGAGAGAUUGCCAUCCAAGUUAUUGAUAUCGCCCCUCCGUGUACAAGGGCCAGCCGUGCUGCUCUGUUCAGGGCCAACUGGAAUUUGUCUGUGUCCUUCUUUGUGGCACUUAACCAUAUAAUAGUCCAGGUGUGAUAAAAGUAUGGCCUGUAGGACUUGUUUUGUUGAUAGUGAUAUUAAGAAAGCAGAGCAGCUCUAUACCUCUCCCCAUCUUAGCUACCAUUGCAUCAAUGUGUUUUGACCAUGACAGUUUACAAUCUAGGGUUACACCAAGCAGUUUAGCCUCCUCAACUUACUCAGUUGCCACAUUAUUCAUUACAAGAUUUAGAUGAGGUUUAGGGUUUAGCGAAUGAUUUGUCCAAAAUACAAUGCUUUUCGUUUUUGAUAUAUAUAGGACUAGGUUAUUACUUGCUACCCAUUCUAGAACUGACUGCAGCUCUUUGUUAAGUGUUGCAGUGAUUUCACUUGCUGUAGUAGCUGACGUGUAUAAUGUUGAGUCAUCCGCAUACAUAGACACACAGGCUUUACUACUAGUGGUAGUAAAAAAAAAAGUAAGGGGCCUAGACAGCUACUGUACCUUAAGGUACAUACUGGUUACGUUAGAAAGGCUUCCAUCAAAGAACAACCUCGGUAACUCUUGAUCCACAAUAUGGCAGAGGAUGUAAAGCCAUAUUGGUAGUAGUGGUAGUAGUAGUAGUAGUACUGUAGUAGUGGUAGUAGUAGUAGUAGUACUGUAGUAGUAGUAGUAGUAGUAGUAGUAGUAGUAGUAGUAGUACUGUAGUAGUAGUAGUAGUAGUAGUAGUGGUAGUAGUGGUAGUAGUAGUAGUAGUAGUACUGUAGUAGUAGUGGUGGUAGUAGUAGUAGUAGUAGUAGUAGUAGUAGUGGUAGUAGUAGUACUGUAGUAGUAGUAGUAGUAGUACUGUAGUAGUAGUGGUGGUAGUACUGUAGUAGUAGUGGUGGUAGUAGUAGUAGUAGUAGUAGUAGUAGUAGUAGUAGUAGUAGUAGUUGUAGUAGUACUGUAGUAGUAGUAGUAGUAGUAGUACUGUAGUAGUAGUGGUGGUAGUACUGUAGUAGUAGUGGUGGUAGUAGUAGUAGUAGUAGUAGUAGUAGUAGUAGUAGUAGUAGUAGUACUGUAGUAGUAGUAGUAGUAGUACUGUAGUAGUAGUGGUGGUAGUAGUAGUAGUAGUAGUAGUAGUAGUAGUAGUAGUAGUAGUAGUACUGUAGUAGUAGUAGUAGUAGUAGUAGUGUAGUAGUAGUAGUAGUAGUAGUAGUAGUAGUAGUAGUAGUAGUAGUAGUAGUAGUAGUAGUAGUAGUAGUAGUAGUAGUAGUAGUAGUAGUAGUAGUAGUGGUAGUAGUAGUAGUAGUAGUAGUAGCAGCAGUAGUAGUAGUCAAAUCAAAUAAAAAAAUCUAACCGUAUUCGUCACAUGCUUCGUAAACAACAGGUGUAGACUAACUGAAAUGCUUACUUACAGUGGGGAAAAAAAGUAUUUAGUCAGCCAGCAAUUGUGCAAGUUCUCCCACUUAAAAAGAUGAAAGAGGCCUGUAAUUUUCAUCAUAGGUGCACGUCAACUAUGACAGACAAAAUGAGAUUUUUUUUCUCCAGAAAAUCACAUUGUAGGAUUUUUAAUGAAUUUAUUUGCAAAUUAUGGUGGAAAAUAAGUAUUUGGUCAAUAACAAAAGUUUCUCAAUACUUUGUUAUAUACCCUUUGUUGGCAAUGACACAGGUCAAACGUUUUCUGUAAGUCUUCACAAGGUUUUCACACACUGUUGCUGGUAUUUUGGCCCAUUCCUCCAUGCAGAUCUCCUCUAGAUCAGUGAUGUUUUGGGGCUGUCGCUGGACAACACGGACUUUCAACUCCCUCCAAAGAUUUUCUAUGGGGUUGAGAUCUGGAGACUGGCUAGGCCACUCCAGGACCUUGAAAUGCUUCUUACGAAGCCACUCCUUCGUUGCCCGGACGGUGUGUUUGGGAUCAUUGUCAUGCUGAAAGACCCAGCCACGUUUCAUCUUCAAUGCCCUUGCUGAUGGAAGGAGGUUUUCACUCAAAAUCUCACGAUACAUGGCCCCAUUCAUUCUUUCCUUUACACGGAUCAGUCGUCCUGGUCCCUUUGCAGAAAAACAGCCCCAAAGCAUGUUUCCACCCCCAUGCUUCACAGUAGGUAUGGUGUUCUUUGGAUGCAACUCAGCAUUCUUUGUCCUCCAAACACGACGAGUUGAGUUUUUACCAAAAAGUUAUAUUUUGGUUUCAUCUGACCAUAUGACAUUCUCCCAAUCCUCUUCUGGAUCAUCCAAAUGCACUCUAGCAAACUUCAGACGGGCCUGGACAUGUACUGGCUUAAGCAGGGGGACACGUCUGGCACUGCAGGAUUUGAGUCCCUGGCGGCGUAGUGUGUUACUGAUGGUAGGCUUUGUUACUUUGGUCCCAGCUCUCUGCAGGUCAUUCACUAGGUCCCCCCGUGUGGUUCUGGGAUUUUUGCUCACCGUUCUUGUGAUCAUUUUGACCCCACGGGGUGAGAUCUUGCGUGGAGCCCCAGAUCGAGGGAGAUUAUCAGUGGUCUUGUAUGUCUUCCAUUUCCUAAUAAUUGCUCCCACAGUUGAUUUCUUCAAACCAAGCUGCUUACCUAUUGCAGAUUCAGUCUUCCCAGCCUGGUGCAGGUCUACAAUUUUGUUUCUGGUGUCCUUUGACAGCUCUUUGGUCUUGGCCAUAGUGGAGUUUGGAGUGUGACUGUUUGAGGUUGUGGACAGGUGUCUUUUAUACUGAUAACAAGUUCAAACAGGUGCCAUUAAUACAGGUAACGAGUGGAGGACAGAGGAGCCUCUUAAAGAAGAAGUUACAGGUCUGUGAGAGCCAGAAAUCUUGCUUGUUUGUAGGUGACCAAAUACUUAUUUUCCAAAAUAAUUAGCAAAUAAAUUCAUAAAAAAUCCUACAAUGUGAUUUUCUGGAGAAAAAAAAUCUCAAUUUGUCUGUCAUAGUUGACGUGUACCUAUGAUGAAAAUUACAGGCCUCUCUCAUCUUUUUAAGUGGGAGAACUUGCACAAUUGGUAGCUGACUAAAUACUUUUUUCCCCCACUGUAGAUAGUAGUCAGAUCUAGUGCCUAGCUGGCUCCCUGGAACACAGUGAGGAUAGAUGCUGAGUGGAGAUGUAAUGGAAUGUGUUGUAGGGGGGCAUGGGUUGGUUUGUGCUAGGGUUUUCUACCCUCUUUACUCAACUGCUCCAGUUCUUCAGAUGUUAUCAUAUUUUUAACCUGAGCUGCAGAUGAUUGUGGCUGCUGUAGUGUCUAAUCUGACGUUAUCCCAAGAAGAGAUGACACAUCUGAACUAUUGUCUGUUUGGAUCUUAUCAGGGUUUCAGGCUAGACUAGAGGUCUGAUCUGUAAAUAUUACCUUAACAGACACUUUGUGUGUCUUCCACAGUCUCUGGCUGAAGUUGAUCAGGAAGGUGAGAGAGGUAAGUACCUCACUGUUGUUAUCUCAUAUAACUACCCCAUGAGUUGACAUUAGAAUUUAGAACGAUUGAAAAUGCUUACGUACUGCUUAUGAAUGCAGUAUGUAUGGGUUAUGAAGUCCUUAUAGGUACCCUUAAAAAAACAGUUGUUAUUUAUAUCCUGUCCAGGGUUAGAGUUAUCUGACGGUAGUUGACUUCCUGUUUCCUCCAGGGUGUGAUGUCAACGCUCGUCCUGCAGCGACAGCAGAGCCUGACCCCGAGCCUCACCGCCCAUAUCACCGACAGAAACCCCCAACCUGACACCCCCACCGACAGGGACCCCACCUCGCCACGGGUGACAGUGGACACCUCGACCCCCACCGCCACCCCGACUGGCACCCCGACCACCACCCCCACCACGACCCCCCUCGGCCUCCCGAGCCGGGUCCUUCAGAGACAACAGCCUGGGUCAGUCAGGGCUUUAACAGGGUUACACCACGACCCCCUCGGGUCAGUCAGGGCAUUAACAGGGUUACACCACGACCCCCUCGGCCUCCAGAGCUGGGUCCUUCAGAGACAACAGCCUGGGUCAGUCAGGGCAUUAACAGGGUUACACCACGACCCCCUCGGCCUCCCGGGCCGGGUCCUUCAGAGACAACAGCCUGGGUCAGUCAGGGCAAUAACAGGGUUACACCACGACCCCCUCGGCCUCCCGAGCUGGGUCCUUCAGAGACAACAGCCUGGGUCAGUCAGGGCAUUAACAGGGUUACACCACGACCCCCUCGGCCUCCCGAGCCGGGUCCUUCAGAGACAUCAGCCUGGGUCAGUCAGGGCUUUAACAGGGUUACACCACGACCCCCUCGGGUCAGUCAGGGCAUUAACAGGGUUACACCACGACCCCCUCGGCCUCCAGAGCUGGGUCCUUCAGAGACAACAGCCUGGGUCAGUCAGGGCAUUAACAGGGUUACACCACGACCCCCUCGGCCUCCCGAGCCGGGUCCUUCAGAGACAUCAGCCUGGGUCAGUCAGGGCUUUAACAGGGUUACACCACGACCCCCUCGGGUCAGUCAGGGCAUUAACAGGGUUACACCACGACCCCCUCGGCCUCCAGAGCUGGGUCCUUCAGAGACAACAGCCUGGGUCAGUCAGGGCAUUAACAGGGUUACACCACGACCCCCUCGGCCUCCCGGGCCGGGUCCUUCAGAGACAACAGCCUGGGUCAGUCAGGGCUUUAACAGGGUUACACCACGACCCCCUCGGGUAAGUCAGGGCAUUAACAGGGUUACACCACGACCCCCUCGGCCUCCCGAGCCGGGUCCUUCAGAGACAACAGCCUGGGUCAGUCAGGGUUACACACACCUGGUAUACUGUACUAUAUCUUGUCUUUCUUUGUUUUCUUUGUGUGUGUGUGUGUGUGUGUGUGUGUGUGUGUGUGUGUGUGUGUGUGUGUGUGUGUGUGUGUGUGUGUGUGUGUGUGUGUGUGUGUGUGUGUGUAUGUAUGUAUGUGUGUGUGUGUGUGUAUCUAGGCGGCGGCCACAGACAGUCAGUGCGGUCCGUGCGUAGUGUGGCAUCAGUAGCCCCUCCCCACCGUACGUCAGACUGUCUUCGCCACGGUAACAGCAGCGAUGCGCGGGCGGUGAGGGCGGUGUGUCUGCUGAUGGGAGGGGCAGCAGCCUCCUCCGCUCUGGGCUACCUCCAGUCCUGCUCUCCCUCCUCCCCUCUGACCUCCGGAACCUCCGGCCUGCAGGAGCUGGGCCCGCUGGGCCACAGUGGGGGGGCGGGGGGCUUCUCAGAGCUGGGCGGGGGGUCGGGUGGGUCCUACCACUGUAGUCAGGACGUAGACAACCCCCCACACUUCAACAGCUUCGACUUCGAGGGAGGAGACUCCGACUUUGAUGCCUUCGACUGCGGAGGGUUCGCUUUU